UCCGAGACCAACCUUGCUCUCUCGUACCGAUCGACGCCGGAGACCAGAAGCGAAGCGAGAUGCCUCAGACUCAGAUGGAAAAAUGCUGCGAAUGCAUCAUCGAUGUCUUCCACAAAUAUUCCAUGCAAAAAAAGCCCUACGACAUGCUCUCCAAGGCUGAGUUAGCCCAGCUGCUGAGGGAACAGCUUCCAAACUUCAUCCAGGGCAGUAGGGACCCCGCAGCCACCGACCGUCUUUUCAAGGAGCUGGACCAGAAUAAGGAUGAGAAGGUAUCCUUCGAUGAAUUCAUGCGUCUCGUUGGCACCGUCUUCACUGUUUCCUACCGUGACCUCUGA